AUGGCCGACACCCCCAUCUUGCCGCUUUUGUCUACUGUCUUCCAGUCAAUUCUCGAGGUAUUCCUGCUAUGUCUCGCAGGCUACAUACUCGCAUGGCGCCGUAUCAUUGACAAGCCCACUCAACGCGUAAUAAACCACAUCAACAUAUCCCUAUUCACGCCUGCACUGCUAUUCUCCAAAGUCGCGUUCUUCUUAAGCCCAGCAAAACUCAAGGAGCUAUGGAUUAUUCCAAUCUUCUUUGCAGUCGUCACAGCUUUCUCUGCGCUUGUUGCGGCGCUCCUUUCUAGAAUUUUUGGCCUGAAAAAAUCCCAACGCAACUUCGCUAUGGCUGCUUCAAUGUUCAUGAAUUCGAACUCGCUACCGAUCGCACUCAUGCAGAGCCUCGUGCUCAGCGUGCAUGGCCUCAAAUGGACAAAAGACGACAACAAGAACGCGAUGCUAGGUCGUGCACUCACGUAUCUGGUACUGUAUAGCACUCUCGGAAUGAUGCUUCGCUGGAGCUACGGUGUGCGUUUGCUCUCAUCUGCAGACAUCCCGUCCACACCGACCUCUUCUCAUUCGCCCCCUCAUGUGGCUGGGCCAUACGAUGCCGAAGGAGCCCAAUACGUUGAUCAUGAUGCAUUCCUAACAGAUGAAGAGACGCUUAGCGAGCGCCAUGGUUCGCCCAGGUUGCAGCCCACGAGCCCGUCACACCACUGGCAGACUCAGGUCCAACCCACGAGCCCCUCUCAUCACUGGCAAACUCAAGUGCAUCCUUCAGACGACGACCAAAAUACGGCGUGUGAGAUUCCUACGUUCAUUCCGGAGCCCGCGGGCCAUAUCUAUGGGCAACUGCAACCGCACCCCUCGCCAACGCACCUUCACCUCUCGCCAGCUCGCGCGCUCGACCAGUCAUCGCAUUCACGCUCACCGCACCCACCAAGGGACACAGCUAUAUAUCACUCCUUCCCAAAUUCACCUUCGCGAGAACAGGCGCCUUUGAUUCCAGACAGUGCCACGCCCACAGACUCGGAGGACGAGGCAGAAGAUGAGGCAGAAGUUGCAAGUCCGACUUUGCGACACCAUCGACACCAUAAGAAACCGUACACUAUUCUUCGACACGCCUGGAAGAACACCAAAAAUGCAUGCCACCAUGUCAAUGCGUUCAUGACAAUGCCUCUAUGGGCCUCCCUCCUUAGUCUCAUCGUCGCAUGUAUUCCGCCGCUUCAAUCUGCGCUUGAACGCAUGGAACCUGUUAAAGGCGCGCUUGGUGCUGCAGGCAACUGCAGUAUACCACUGACGCUCGUGGUACUUGGAGCAUACUUCUACUCUGAACCUCCUGAGGAUGACAUGCAAGAUGGAGACCUGACGGACUACGAGACAGACGAGGCGAGGCGGGACCUCGGGCACAACAAGUCUCGCACCUCACUGCUUAGUGCCUUCCAGGAGAUGCUAGCACUAAAACCUGCAUCACAGCCGCAGCCCCAAACGCGUGGGGAAAGCAAGACGGUGUUCGUGGCUGUCCUUGCGAGGAUGGUGGUCGUCCCAGCUGUGAUGCUUCCUGUGAUGGCGAUUUUUGCGAAGCUGGAUAUUCAUGACAUCUUCGCGGACCCCGUGUUUGUGGUGUCAAAUGUACUCUUAAUAGCAAGCCCACCAGCUCUGACGCUCGCGCAGAUAACGCAAGCAGCCUCGAACGACUCAUUUGAGAGGCUAAUAUCGCGGACGAUUUUCUGGUCGUAUUGUGUCGUCACCCCACCAAGCACGAUUUUGGUCGUCGUUCUGGGAUUGUUGAUCGCGAAGCUGUGA